AUGUCGAUCUCCGCUCAAAAUCCGGAUAUUUCCGGGGAGAGGCAAUCCGGCCAAGAUGUUCGUACUCAGAACGUGAUGGCUUGCCAAGCUGUUGCGAAUAUUGUCAAGACCUCGCUUGGUCCAGUCGGACUCGACAAGAUGUUAGUGGAUGAUAUUGGGGAUGUAACCAUUACAAAUGACGGUGCUACUAUUCUUAGGAUGUUGGAGGUCGAGCACCCUGCUGCUAAGGUUCUUGUGGAGUUAGCUGAACUCCAGGAUAGAGAAGUUGGUGAUGGGACUACAUCUGUUGUUAUUGUUGCUGCUGAGUUGCUCAAGAGGGCUAAUGAUUUGGUCAGGAACAAAAUUCACCCAACGUCAAUAAUUAGUGGAUACAGGCUAGCGAUGAGAGAAGCUUGCAAAUACGUAGACGAGAAGUUGGUGACAAAGGUUGAAAAGCUUGGGAAAGUUCCACUGAUAAACUGUGCUAAAACCAGCAUGUCCUCCAAACUGAUAUCUGGUGACAGCGACUUCUUUGCCAAUUUGGUUGUGGAUGCCGUUCUAUCAGUAAAGAUGACAAAUCAGCGUGGGGAGGUCAAAUACCCUAUCAAGGGCAUUAAUAUUCUGAAAGCUCAUGGACAAAGUGCAAGAGACAGCUAUUUGUUGAACGGAUAUGCACUCAAUACUGGUCGUGCUGCUCAAGGGAUGCCACUACGAGUGUCUCCAGCGAAGAUUGCUUGCCUUGACUUCAAUCUGCAGAAGACAAAAAUGCAGCUGGGUGUCCAAGUUGUUGUUAACGAUCCACGAGAACUAGAAAAGAUCCGUCAAAGAGAAGCUGACAUGACGAAAGAGCGGAUAGAGAAACUUCUUAAAGCCGGGGCCAAUGUAAUUCUGACCACGAAGGGGAUUGACGACAUGGCACUUAAAUACUUUGUAGAAGCAGGAGCCAUUGCUGUUAGGCGUGUGCGCAAAGAAGACAUGCGCCAUGUUGCCAAGGCAACAGCAGCAACCCUGGUUACAACUUUUGCUGAUAUGGAGGGCGAAGAAACAUUUGACCCGGCACACCUUGGAACUGCAGAUGAGGUUGUGGAGGAGAGAAUCGCAGAUGAUGAUGUCGUACUGAUAAAGGGAACCAAAACUAGCAGUGCGGUCUCUUUGAUCUUAAGAGGUGCAAAUGACUACAUGCUUGAUGAGAUGGAGAGAGCGCUACACGACGCUUUAUGUAUUGUCAAGAGGACCCUUGAGUCCAACACGGUGGUUGCGGGUGGAGGUGCAGUUGAAUCAGCAUUGUCAGUGUAUCUGGAGCACCUUGCUACAACUUUGGGGUCUCGCGAACAAUUGGCAAUUGCUGAAUUUGCAGAUGCGCUAUUGAUUAUACCAAAAGUGCUUGCAGUAAACGCUGCUAAAGAUGCAACCGAGUUGGUAGCUAAACUAAGAGCAUACCACCACACGGCACAAACCAAGGCUGAUAAGAAGCACUAUUCAAGCAUGGGACUUGACCUCGUAAACGGAACCAUCCGCAACAAUUUGGAAGCUGGAGUGAUCGAACCUGCUAUGAGCAAAGUCAAAAUUAUCCAGUUUGCAACAGAGGCAGCAAUAACAAUUCUUCGAAUCGAUGAUAUGAUCAAGCUGGUGAAGGAAGAUGGCCAAGGCGAUGAGUGA